UAGUGUUUACCAUGGUUCUGAAAACCGGACCGGACCGGCCGGUUCAACCGGAAAAACCGAAAACCGGUUACCUGACCGAUCCGAGUAACCUCAAAAACCGUUUAGCAAAGAACCGGUGGAAAAACCGGUCAAACCGGCGGUUAACUGGUAAACCGGAAGAACCGUCCGGUUUUUUAACGGUUCAGUGGUUUGGAAAUUCAGAAGCCAAACGACGUCGUUUUGGCUUUAAAAAAAAAACAAAAAAACAAAAAAAAACAAAACUGGCGUACGCGUUAACCUUAACCAACCUAACCCUAAUCAAUCAGCCACCCACCAAACCCUCGAAGCUCCCAGCCUCCUCCCCUUUCUUCCCCCCUCAUCCACCAAGGCCACCAUUGCCACCGCCGACGAAGCUUCAGAUUCCAGCAUCGCUCCUCGUUCGCGACCCAGCAUCGCUCCUCGUUCGCCACCCAGCAGCCGCGACCACCACCGCGUUGAGCCCGCCUCCUCGUCGCCGAACCUCGAAGAGCUCGCCGAGCCCGCCUCUCAUUCGCCGAUGGAACAUUCACAAAGUAACUCACAGCCACAAGAUAAUGCUGCUCAAAAUUCUCAAACUGGUUCAUCUUUUGAAUGUAGAACAUUAUGGGUUUGUCAUUAUGUACGUUUUAUUUUUUGUUUAGUUAUAAACUUUGAUGUUUGAAGUUGUUUGUGAACCUCUA